AUGACUUCCUCAGAAACUUUCCAGCCUCCUCCAGAUGGCGAUGGAACGAUGAAUGCGAUCCGAUUCCACGGCAAAAAUGAUCUUCGAUACGAAAAGAUUCCGAUCCCAGAAGCGAAAGCAGGACAAGUCAAAGUCAAGCCGGCGUGGGUGGGAAUCUGUGGAACAGCCUACAAGCCCGGCGAUCGUGUCGUCGUCCAGCCCAUCAUCUACGACGGCACAUGCGGCGCCUGUGAAGAAGGACUCCAAAAUUGCUGUUGGCAGAACGGCUUCGUUGGACUGUCAGGCUGGGGAGGCGGCCUCGCGGACCACAUUGUCGUUCCUGAGUCAACUCUCUACCACCUACCUGACAAUGUACCCUUGGAGAUCGGUGCGCUAGUCGAGCCACUGGCGGUGGGAUGGCAUGCAGUGAAGGUCAGUCCAUUCAAGAAGGACGAUACGGCAUUAAUACUCGGCGGCGGACCUAUUGGAAUCAGUACCAUCCUGGCGUUGAAGGCCAACGGAUGUAAAAACAUCAUCGUCUCCGAAGUCAGCAAGAAACGCCAGGAAUUCGCGAAGAAAUUUGGCGCACACCACAUUAUUGAUCCCACGAAAGAAGACAUGAUUGCGCGAACUCGUAAGCUCACCGACAAUAAAGGCGCACACGUUACGUUCGACUGCGCCGGCGUACAGGCUGCGCUCGAUCAAGCCGUCCACGCAACCCGCGCACGAGGGUGUAUCGUCAACAUUGCGAUCUGGGAAAAGCCAUGCACAAUCAACACCAAUGAUUUCAACUUCAAGGAGAGGAUGUACAUGGGCAUCGCAACGUACGCGGUGGGCGAUUUCCAAGAAGUGCUAGAUGCGCUGUCCAACGGAAGCAUGCAGCCGCACGCGAUGAUUACCCAGAAGAUCAAGCUGACGGAGGUGGAGGAGAAGGGGUUCAAGAGUUUGAUACAUGACAAGGAUAAUCAGGUCAAGAUCUUGGUGGAGGUCGGCGGUGGGUAG